AUGCUCUACCCGGACGCUCCAGAGCUUCUCGAUGCUCUCCCCAGCCGCCCCAGAGCGUCGCGAUGCUCUCCCCGGACGCCCCAGAGCGUCGCGAUGCUCUCCCCCGACGCCCCAGAGCUUCACGAUGCUCUCUCCGGACGCCCCAGAGUGUCGCGAUGCUCUCCUUGGACGCCCCAGAGCGUCGCGAUGCUCUCCCCGGACGCCCCAGAGCGUCGCGAUGCUCUUCCCGGACGCCCCAGAGCGUCGCUAUGCUCUCCCCGGACGCCCCAGAGCGUCGCGAUGCUCUCCCCGGACGCCCCAGAGCGUCGCGAUGCUCUCCCCGGACGCCCCAGAGCGUCGCGAUGCUCUCCCCGGACGCCCCAGAGCGUCGCUAUGCCCUCCCCGGACGCCCCAGAGCGUCGCGAUGCUCUCCCUGGACGCCCCAGAGCGUCGCGAUGCUCUCCCCGGACGCCCCAGAGCGUCGCGAUGCUCUCCCCGGACGCCCCAGAGCGUCGCUAUGGUCUCCCCGGACGCCCCAGAGCGUCGCGAUGCUCUCCCCGGACGCCCAAGAGCAUCGCGAUGCUCUCCCCGGACGCCCCAGAGCGUCGCGAUGCUCUCCCCGGACGCCCAAGAGCAUCGCGAUGCUCUCCCCAAACGCCCCAGAGCGUCGCGAUGCUCUCCCCGAACGCCCCAAAGCGUCGCGAUGCUCUCCCCAGACGCCCCAGAGCGUCGCGAUGCUCUCCCCGGACGCCCCAGAGCGUCGCGAUGCUCUACCCGGACGCCCCAGAGCGUCGCGAUGCUCUCCCCCGACGCCCCAGAGCGUCGCGAUGUUCUCCCCGGACGCCCCAGAGCGUCGCAAUGCUCUCCCCGGACGCCCCAGAGCGUCGCGAUGCUCUCCCCGUACGCCCCAGAGCGUCGCGAUGCUCUCCCCGGACGCCCCGGAGCGUCGCGAUGCUUUCCCCGAACGCCCCAGAGCGUCGCGAUGCUCUCCCCGGACGCCCCGGAGCGUCGCGAUGCUCUCCCCGGACGCCCCAGAGCGCCGCGAUGCUCUCCCCGGACGCCCCAGAGCGCCGCGAUGCUCUCCCCGGACGCCCCAGAGCGUCGCGAUGCUCUCCCUGGACGCCCCAAAGCGUCGCGAUGCUCUGCCCAGACGCCCCAAAGCGACGCGAUGCUCUCCCCGGACGCCCUAGAGCGUCGCGAUGCUCUACCCGGACGCCUCAGAGCGUCGCGAUGCUCUCCCCGGACGCCCCAGAGCGUCGCGAUGUUCUCCCCGGACGCCCCAGAGCUUCGCAAUGCUCUCCCCGGACGCCCCAGAGCGUCGCGAUGCUCUCCCCGGACGCCCCAGAGCGUCGCGAUGCUCUCCGUGGACGCCCCGGAGCGUCGCGAUGCUCUCCCCGGACGCCCCAGAGCGCCGCGAUGCUCUCCCCGGACGCCCCAGAGCGCCGCGAUGCUUUCCCCGGACGCCCCAGAGCGUCUCGAUGCUCUCCCUGGACGCCCCAGAGCGUCGCGAUGCUCUCCCCGGAUGCCUCAGAGCGCCGCUAUGCUCUCCCCGGACGCCCCAGAGCGUCGCGAUGCUCUCCCCGGACGCCCCAGAGCGUCGCGAUGCUCUCCUUGGACGCUCCAGAGCGUCGCGAUGCUCUCCCCGGACGCCCGAGAGCGUCGCGAUGCUCUUUCCGGACGCCCCGGAGCGUCGCGAUGCUCUACCCGGACGCCCCAGAGCGUCGCGAUGCUCUCCCCAGCCGCCCCAGAGCGUCGCGAUGCUCUCCCCGGACGCCCCAGAGCGUCGCGAUGCUCUCCCCGGACGCCCCAGAGCGUCGCGAUGCUCUCCCCGGACGCCCCAGAGCGUCGCUAUGGUCUCCCCGGACGCCCCAGAGCGUCGCGAUGCUCUCCCCGGACGCCCCAGAGCAUCGCGAUGCUCUCCCCGGACGCCCCAGAGCGUCGCGAUGCUCUCAUCGGAUGCCCCAGAGCGUCGCGAUGCUCUACCCGGACGCCCCAGAGGGUCGUAAUGCUCUCCCCGGACGCCCAAGAGCGUCGCGAUGCUCUCCCCCGACGCCCCAGAGCUUCACGAUGCUCUCCCUGGACGCCCCAGAGCGUCGUGAUGCUCUCCCCGGACGCCCCAGAGCGUCGCGAUGCUCUCCCCCGACGCCCCAGAGCUUCACGAUGCUCUCCCCGGACGCCCCAGAGCGUCGCGAUGCUCUCCCCAGCCGCCCCAGAGCGUCAGCGUCGCGAUCCUCUCCCCAGCCGCCCCAGAGCGUCGUAAUGCUCUCCCCGGACGCCCCAGAGCAUCGUGAUGCUCUCCCCCGACGCCCCAGAGCUUCACGAUGCUCUCCCCGGACGCCCCAGAGCGUCGCGAUGCUCUCCCCGGACGCCCCGGAGCGUCGUGAUGCUCUCCCCGGACGCCCCAGAGCGUCGCUAUGCUCUCCCCGGACGCCCGAGAGCGUCGCGAUGCUCUCCCUAGACGCCCCAGAGCGUCGCGAUGCUCUCCGCGGACGCCCCAGAGCGUCGCUAUGGUCUCCCCGGACGCCCAAGAGCGUCGCGAUGCUCUCCCCGGACGCCCCAGAGCAUCGCGAUGCUCUCCUCGGACGCCCCAGAGCGUCGCGAUGCUCUCCCCGGACGCCCCAGAGCGUCGCGAUGCUCCCCCCGGACGCCCCAGAGCGUCGCGAUGCUCUCCCCGGACGCCCCACAGCGUCGCGAUGCUCUACCUGGACGCCCCAGAGCGUCGCGAUGCUCUCCCCCGACGCCCCAGAGCUUCACGAUGCUCUCCCCGGACGCCCCAGAGCGUCGCGAUGCUCUCCCCGGACGCCCCAGAGCGUCGCGAUGCUCUCCCCGGACGCCCCAGAGCGUCGCGAUGCUCUCCCUAGACGCCCCAGAGCGUCGCUAUGCUCUCCCCGGACGCCCCAGAGCGUCUCGAUGCUCUCCCCGGACGCCCCAGAGCGUCGCGAUGCUCUCCCGGGAAGCCCCAGAGCGUCGCGAUGCUUUCCCCGGACGCCCCAGAGCGUCGCGAUGCUCUCCCCGGACGCCCCAGAGCAUCGCGAUGCUCUCCCCCGACGCCUUAGAGCUUCACGAUGCUCUCCCCGGACGCCCCGGAGCGUCGCGAUGCUCUCCCCGGACGCCCUAGAGCGUCGCGAUGCUCUCCCCGGACGCCCCAGAGCGUCGCGAUGCUCUCCCCGAACGCCCCAGAGCGUCGCUAUGCUCUCCCCGGACGCCCCAGAGCGUCGCGAUGCUCUCCCCGGACGCCCCAGAGCGUCGCGAUGCUCUCCCUGGACGCCCCAGAGCGUCGCUAUGGUCUCCCCGGACGCCCCUGAGCGUCGCGAUGCUCUCCCUGGACGCCCUAGAGCAUCGCGACGCUCUCCCCGGACGCCCCAGAGCGUCGUGAUGCUCUCCCCGGACGCCCCAGAGCGUCGCGAUGCUCCCCCCGGACGCCCCAGAGCGUCGCGAUGCUCUCCCCGGACGCCCCAGAGCGUCGCGAUGCUCUACCUAGACGCCCCAGAGCGUCGCGAUGCUCUCUCCGGACGCUCCAGAGCGUCGCGAUGCUCUCCCCGGACGCCCUAG